GCUCAAUUGGCUCCAAUAUUUGGACCUCUAGGAGUUUCUCCAAGAAGGGUAGGAGAUCAAUUGGCAAAAUUUGUAAAAUCUUUGAAUUGGACAGCCAAGCACAUCCGUGUUCGAUUCAUAAUUAAAACAUUUUCACAAUUAGAUUUGGAAUUGGCAGAACAUUCACCACUGACGAUUAUUUCGAAUUUAGCAGAGCCUCAACAAGUAGCUUUGGGAACUUAUGCAAUUCAUGAUGGAAAUUUAACGUUUGAUCAAGUGAUUCAAAUUGCACAGAGUAAAAAACCAAGUAAGACUGCAAGAAAUUUGACAGCAAAAGUGAAGGAAGUUUUGGGAACUUGUGUGAGUAUUGGAUGUACAGUGAAUGGAGAGGAGCCACGAAUGGUCUUGAUGCAAAUCAAUAAUGGAAGUACUGCCUAUCAAAUUCCAGAAAGU